GCUCUUGGUGGUUUCCUCUUGAGUAGUAUCUGAUGAGUGAAACCAGUAGUGGGUGCUUUGGGUGUGUUCACUUAGUAGGUUUGUGGUCUACUGAACAAGACAGAAAUAAGGUCGAAAUGUUUGUGCAACAUACACUUUUACAGGUGCUUUUUGCACCUCAACGCACGACGGUUAUUACGUAAAUAUUUUUCCUCAUGUUUUUUUUUUUUUUUUUUUUUUUUUUAUGAAAGCACCAUUAAACGUCCUUAAUGCUUAUUCUCCUGCUCCGUUAGUCUACUGAAACUGAAAUACUUUUGCUGUUGUGGGAAGUGGUCGAUUUUUGCAUAUUUAACGUGCAUAUUUCUGACCCUGCAGGCGCGUGCGUGCGUGCGCGAGUGUAUGUGUGUGCGUGAAAUGUAUGAUCUUGGCUGCCUUCAUGUGACUGCGUUUCCGUUGCUUGCUUGCUUCCGCAAUUACUAAAGACAUUGCAGAGAUGCAGAUGUCAAGCACUUUGCAUCUCCGGAGAGACCAAGCCAACAGAACCUCCCCGCAAACCGAUGUAAUGGUCUUCUGUGAACUUCACAGAGGAGCGGAGGGCGCGAUCCUGGCCACUGGGUGAUCAUGUUAAGAUGCCGGUGUUUGAUCACUUGUCCAUCGUGCUCUGUCAUGCAGUGGUGCCACUACUGGUGGUCCUGCUUUCAGCCUCAGGACAUCCGCAGACCUUCCCCUGCAGGCUGAUACGAAGCACGGCUCGGUGCAACAGCUAUCAGCUCUCUGCCAUACCAGAUCAUUUACCACAUCAAAUUGAGGAGAUCUUUUUAGACAAUAACCUUCUGUUAAAUCUUCAAGAUGGUUGUCUCUCCCGGUAUCCUCUUCUACGGACGUUCAGCUGUGCGAACAAUCAGAUAACGGGGGUGGAAGAGCGUGUGUUCUCUGAGUUGCCUCUUUUAGAAGACCUCAAUUUAGCCAACAACGAGCUUUACCAUGGACACAAGCAAGUGGCCGAGUCCUUAAGCUCUCUGUCCCAACUAAAGACCCUUGAUCUUUCAGGUAAUGGCCUCUCGGAGGACAUGGUGUGUCUGCUGGUACAGAAUCUGUCCUCGCUUGAGUCUCUAUACUUGUCCCGGAAUGCCAUACUGAGGCUGGAUGAGUCAACGUUCAGAAACCUUCAUCAGCUCCGGGAGCUGAACGUUGAGAGAAACUUGUUGUUUGAGAUCGAUGGAGCAUUUGAUCAUAUGAAAAAGCUCCAAAGGCUGAAUCUGGCCUUCAACUGCUUGCCAUGUUUGGUCAACUUUGAAAUGACCCAACUGCUGGUUCUAAACGCCAGCCACAAUUCCAUCGAAUGGUUCAUAACCAAUCAAAAUUUGACUGAAACCUUUCAGCUGGAGACGUUGGAUCUGUCUGACAACCAUUUGCUGUUCUUUCCAUUCCUUCCAACAAAAAACAGAAUAAGAACUUUGCUGUUGUCCAAUAAUCGAGUUAGUUUUUACCAACACUUAUCAAAUUAUACGUCUUCAAACUGGAGCACUAGUGUUGAGUACUACAACUUGGGGCAAAAUGUAAGCAGCAUCACAGUAGAGCUCUGGAAUGAGAACCUUCACGGUGAUCUUUCCUCAGUAGAGAUCCUGGACCUGAGUGAAAACAAGGUGAACUACUUCCCUCAGGGAUUCAUUCAACAGAUGCCACAUCUUUACUGGCUGAGGCUGAGAAGUAACUGUUUACAGUCCUUCAGUUUGACGCCUGAAUAUCUACCAGUCACCCUUUAUGAACUGGAUGUUAGCCGAAACCGGUUAACCGAGUUGAAAGCAAGCAAACACUCUAUUAACAAGCUGAACAAUCUUACACAUCUCAAUCUAAGUACAAAUGACCUUCAGAACCUCCCAACUAGGAUUUUUGCUGGUCUACCAAAACUUCAGACACUAGAUCUCAGUCACAACACUGUGGAUGUGUGUUACUUGCCGCGUUCCUCAGGAUGUGUUGUGUGGUCCAACAUCGUUUCCCUAAAACAGCUCUAUCUUGCCGGGUGUAGCAUUCAGAACAUCCCAUCUUCAGCGUUCAAGGGCACGCCUCUAACCCAUCUCGAACUUUCGAACAAUCCGGACCUAAACCUCAAACAGGAAUCUCUGGAAGGUCUCGCUAACACUUUGCAGCACUUGGGACUUGGUAAUACUGGUCUUCAAGACUUUGACUUCUCUUUAUACGGCCAUUUGAAGAGUUUAAACAUCAGUAGAAACUCACUACCAGAACUUCCUGAAUCUCUAAUAGCAUUAAACCUGAAGCUUCUGGACUUGAGGGAUAACAUGUUGACAACCAUCCCGUCCCAACAUGCUGGCAUGUUAGCUGAAAGACUGCAGACUGUUUAUAUGAAUGGAAAUGCCUUCAACUGUUGCCAUUUAGACUGGUACAGGACCUUCGGGGAGAAUAAAGGCAUCAGUAUUGUAGAUCUCUCAGAGAUUACAUGUUUGGACUUAAACCACAGGCGUCACAAGGUCGUGCUUUUGGACGCCAUCCACUGUGGUGGUUCCAGCAGUGAGGAGUCUGUUGUCUGGUACAUUCUUCUCUUUGUAACAGUCAGUGUUUCCAUCAUGGGUAUAUCUGUCAUUUACAUGCUCACCUUUAACCCAAGAAUAUUGCCUCGUGCUAUUAAAAAGAGAUGCUGGAGGCCGGCUCCUUAUUGAGAAGCAUGCUAUUGUAAAACUAAGGAAUGAAGAGGCUAACAUGUUAAAUAUGCUCUCAAAGGUUGCUACUUUCAGACAACUGGACAUAACAGAAGAGAAAUAUGAUAUUAAUGUGAAAGAUUUAGGCCAUAUUGGUCUCUAAACAUGAAUGUAUUUAAUUUUAUCCUCAUUAAAAUGCAUGAAAAGCAUUUGGAUACUGGAUGGUUUGAUAUGUGCCUUUUAAAGAAAAGUUGCAAUUAUACUUUGAGCCAUGAUAUUUUAUAUUUGCAUUUAUCCAUUUGGCAAUUUUUUUUUUUUUGAACAGUGCACUGGUAACGUUAUUUUAAAAUAUUGUUAUUAAUGUCUAUUUGUAAUGAAAAAUGUCCAGUUUUCUUGUCGUGGUUACAACAUUAUUUAAAGGUUACGAAAAUGUUUCAUAGAACCUACAUCAAGUUCAAAUAAGAACAUUUCCUCUCAACAUUAUGAAAAUGUUCAAGUACAUAUAUCACAAGGACAUUCUGAGAAUGUUGAACUCAGAAAGUUUUCUCUCAAUGUUAUGUAAACGUGUGUAUAUAUAAUAUUAAUAAAAGUUAUUCGAAUGGUCCAUGAAAAUUA